CACUCGAAGGUGCCCAUAAACAUUCGGUUUGCUGAGCUGUGUGGUGUUGUUUUUAGCCUUAUCUUUUACUGAAUAAACACGUAUGUCCAACCCAGCACGGACUUGCCCAUAACAGUUUAAUAAGACUGUCCAUUUUCAAAAUGUGGAAUAGAGCUGGUAAGUUGUUGACACAGAAAGCGAAGCUGGUUUAUUCGGCCACAUGUGUCAGGUGUGCCUCGGCUGCUGACUCCGGGUCCAAAUGGGUGAAACCCAGUGGAUUUGAUACCGGGUUGAUGAUGUACAACAGCCUGACGAAACGGAAGGAGACGCUAAUUCUAGCGAGAGAAGGCGCUGCUACAUGGUACAGCUGCGGACCCACGGUCUAUGACCAUUCUCACCUGGGACACGCAUGUUCAUAUGUCAGGUUUGACAUUGUGCAGCGAAUUCUGACCAGGCUGCUGGGGAUCACCGUCAUUCACGCCAUGGUCAUCACUGACAUUGAUGACAAAAUCAUCAAAAGAAGUUUGGAGGAGAACAUUUCCCCGACCAUCCUCGCCAGGUUUUAUGAAGAUGAAUUUAAGAAAGACAUGAUGUCAUUAAAGGUGAUUCCUCCAGCAGUUUAUCUACGAGUGACUGAGAAUGUGCCUCAAAUUGUGGGGUUUAUAGAGAGGAUCAUCAGAAAUGGCCACGCUUACCCAACGGAAGAAGGUGAUGUUUAUUUUGACAUCAGCUCCAUCGGCCAUCGCUAUGGAAAAUUUGCUGCUGCGACAGUUGAGCCUGAAGUUGAAGCUCUUUCCAACACAGGGAAAAAGGAUGUGAGGGAUUUUGCUCUGUGGAAACGAUCCAAACCUCAGGAACCGUACUGGGAAUCUCCCUGGGGGCCUGGCCGACCUGGCUGGCACAUUGAAUGCUCGACUGUUGCGAGUUCUGUGUUUGGGAGUCAGUUAGACAUCCACUCCGGAGGUAUUGACCUUGCCUUCCCUCACCAUGAGAACGAAGUGGCUCAGAGUGAAGCUUAUCACCAGUGUGGACAGUGGGCCAACUACUUCAUCCACUCGGGACAUUUACACGUUAAAGGGAGCGGAGAAAAAAUGUCCAAAUCUCUAAAAAACUACAUCACGAUUAAGGAUUUCCUGAAGGCUUACACUGCUGAUGAAUUCCGGAUGUUUUGCCUUUUAACCAAGUACAGAUCAGGAAUAGAGUUCAGUGAGGGCAGCAUGCGUGAUGCUCAGGUCACCCUCGGAACCAUCUCUAACUUCUGCCAUGAAGCUGAGGCCUACAUGAGGGGCCAGCUUCAGUGUGCGUCUGUGCAGGAAGAUGCUCUCUGGGAAAGGCUGGCUGAAACCAAGAGCCGAGUCCAGGCUGCUCUGACGGAUGACUUCGACACAGCCAGAGCCAUGAGUGAAGUGAUGAAUCUGGUUCAUCAUGGAUACUGCCAGCUCCAACCUUCUACAAGGACUGAGGGGCAGGCGCGCAGCCCAGCUGUGUUUGGAGCGAUGAGAUCCUACGUUCGAGAUGUCAUGGACAUGUUUGGUAUUGCACUGCUGCACAGUAAGGUCACAGAACUGGGUGGCAGCAGCUCUGUGAGCCUUGAGCCCAUCCUUGAACAACUGACCAACUUCCGAUGCCAGGUCCGAGCAUUCGCCCUGACCAAAAAGGAUCAUCCCAGUGGGUCCAGCAGAGGAGAACUCUACCCUGAGAGGCUUCCCCUGCUCGAGGCCUGUGACAAGCUCAGGGAUGACUUGGGCAGUCUUGGCGUCACCAUUAAGGAUCGAGGCUCCGCAUCCACAUGGGAGAUAACCCGAGGAGGACCAAGUCAGAGGCAGAGGAGCCAGGAAAACCAGACAACCCGUUGAAUCAUGGCCAGACAAAGCACAGAAUCAGCCUGUUUAUUUGGUUGGGCAAAUGCAGUUUCAGCCACCUGAUCCAAAACUUUGAUGAUGACCAGAUGUAUUUUGAUGUAUCCGUCUGGCUACUCUGGACAGGGAUCCGGGGGUGUCAGGCCACGUUGCGAGUUUCGGGUUGCAGGUUGAUGAGGGAGUUGCUGGCCUGGGCCAGCUCUGUGAUGGACACCCUGCCUCUGUUUCUGAUGAACUGAGCCACUGAGUCCAAUUCUUCUGGAGUGAUGAAGAUGAACUUCCCUCGGUCGUCAAUCACUCCUGUCGGGAGAUGAAGCUACAUUAGAUCUUCAGCAUGAUGCUGCUUAAUGUCCACACUAUAAAAACAUAAUUUAUUUUAUUUACAAUAUUCUAUGAACCAGCCACAAUCAAAUUCAAACAAGUAAAACUACAGACCUAAUGCAUUAUAUUUGUUCACAUAAAGCUGUGUUUUUUAACAGUGUGUGUGUCGAUCUGCAAUCUCCCAUUUCAGGCUAUGUCCCAGUCAAAGGAGAAACAAGUGGUUUUUCAAUAGACUCCUGAAAAUUGAAUCCAGUAUUGGUUAUGUAUCCACCCUGCAGUGCACCAAGGUGCUAAUCGUCCAUUGUAAAUCUGUUCGCAAAAUAUCUCAAGUUUUUAAUCCAUUUCAGUUCCCUUUUUUUUCCAGGAAAUGUUGCGUUAGGGGCGAGGAAUAUCCAGUUUUAUACCAGAACAUAGGCUUUUAGCUAGCAUGGCGUCGUGUACUGCAAAACAUGAAAAAAUGGAUGCCCGGUUUUUCUCAGCAGGACGCCCCCAAUUUUGCCGGAUAUGACAUUUGCCGUUUCUCGACACUUUUUGUGGCUUGGCUGCCAUAUUUGUUUAAUGGUGUAAUCUGGUGGUUCACCACAACUGGCGAGUCGCCACACUUGUGUCAUGGAAGUGCUGUGAUGUCUGAUGCUUACCAAACUAACUCAGUUUUUUUUUUUUUUAAUCGUAGGAUCCUCCCCACACACAGAAUGCCAGCAGAACAGCUUAACAGGGAUCCAAAUUCACUUGGUUCUAUUGAUUUAAUCAAGAGCCAUAUAUAUUUUUGUUUGAAUGAAUGAAUGAAUGUUUAAAUGUAUGAAAGUUUAGAAGACAGACACACAGCUGACACAACUGUUAUGUGCUUAUCUUGCAUAAAUAUAUGAAAGAAGAUGAACAAAACUGUAGACAUUUAGCUUGUAGUAAGGGAAGGAAUCAUGAUUAAAAAACGUUUAAAUGAAUGAGGGUCAGCUGAGUGAAACAGCUGCGCAGAAGAUUCCUGCAUCUGAAAAUGUUACUGUGGCAACAGCUACUGAGUUCAUCUCUGUUAACCAUUAUUUGACUCAGAUGUUGGUUUUUAUAAAAAGUUAGUUUUUUACAAAUAGAUGUUUACAGCUUGUUUUUUACCAAGCAAGUUGUUAUGUCAGUCGUUGACAUGGCGCAUCUGGAGGGGAACGGGCGGGGCUUUGGACGCCCUGUUUCAAAAUCCUAGCUAAAAGCCUGUAUCACAUUGCUGUGAGGCUUCAUGAAAAACAGAUCAGCGGGUGUCGCUUUGGAGUAUAAGAGAUGAAGUUAGUGUUCAACUCUCCUGGCUCACUUCACAGCCAGUUGGUAGAGAGACAAACUAACCUGUAAGGGAUCCGUCAGCUAGUAAGUCCUGCAGUCUGGAAAUAGUAUCCUGAGUCCUCAUCCCGAAGUGAGAUGCCAGGUCCUCCAGUAGAACCACUUUGGUGCUCUACACCAGAAACACAUGCCCAACAGUUGUGUGAUAAAGACCAAUAUGAAAUGUUGCCAGUGCUGCAGUCAUUAAAGGAAAUGCCUCACACCUCAAUGUACUGAAUGAAUUCUUGCAGGAGUCUGCGGGACUGGGAGGAAAAGCAAACAUCCAGUCAAAACUCAAUUGUUACUUAGAUCAAAAUCUAAUGUGACUCCAAUUUAAACCUGGUCCUCUGUCAGAUGCUCCUCCUCGCCUUGAUCUUCGACCACAAAUGAGGCUUUCAGCUUCAGGUACUCCUCCUCCUCCCGUUUCUCCUUCUCCUCUUUUGCACGCUGUUCUGCCUCCUCCUGGAGACACAUCAGGACGACUGUGAGCGGCGUCCUCCAAGCCUACAGGCAGUCGCAGUGACCUGUUGUUGUUCCAGCAAGCGUUCCUUCUCCUCCUGCUGUUGUCUUUCUUGCUCCCUCAGUGUCUGCAGCCUCUUCCUCUCUUCACGCUCCUCAAGCUCGGCCUGAAAAUAAACACACACACAUGUUCCUGGCCCAGUUGGAAACGUUAGAGCUGCGUC